UUUUUUCCUUUGUAAUAUGAGAAGUGAAGGGGAGGGUAUUUGGUUGGAUAUGGUGAUUGACAUUUUUAGGUAAAAACAAAAUUUUUUAAAGAAUUUUCGGUAUUCUUUUAGGGGUUCCAUAAAAAGCCUAACUCGAUUCGAAAAAGUAGGCAUCGCACAUUUGGCCCGAAUCGAGGAAAGAACCCCAAUCUGCUCAUUCUAAUGAGGGGUUGUAAAAUCAAAGCACUUCGAGCCAAAACCAAUACUUAUAUAAAAACUCCAGUUCGUGGUGAAGAGCCUGUCUUUGUCGUUACCGGCCGCCACGAGGAUGUUGUUGAGGCUAGACGUGAAAUUGAAUGUGCAGCUGAACAUUUUACUCAAAUACGUGCUUCGCGACGGCAUAGCCAGGGUGCGUGCCCAGCACCUGGUCACGUAACUGCUUAUGUGCGUGUGCCGCUUCGUGUUGUUGGAUUGGUUGUUGGUCCGAAAGGGAAUACAAUUAAACGAAUUCAGCAAGAUACACAUACAUAUAUAAUAACACCAAGUCGUGAACGUGAACCUAUCUUCGAAGUUACUGGCUUGCCAGAAAAUGUUGAAGCUGCACGUCGCGAAAUUGAAAACCAUAUUUAUCAAAGAACAGGAAAUAUGCCGAUAACUGAUCCAAAUGCUUCUAUUGCUAAUUUUGAUUUGAAUUCUGCUGCUCUGCAAGCCCAACAAGCAGCUCUCCAAUCCAAUUCUGUCAACAGACCAAAUUAUGGGGCAUUAGCUGUUGUUUGUCCUCGCAAUGUUGGAUUAUUGAAUGGGGGAGUUAAGGAUUCAAGUCCAUACUUUCAACAACAUCAAAAUGGAAUUAAUUCAAAUCAUUUUGUUAAUGGAUAUGGACAACAAACAGAAAUUGAUCAUUAUUUAAAUAAUAACAAAUCUGGAAUGUCUGUUAUCUUUAAUGGUAACAACAACAUUAAUUGUUGUCCUCCUCCAUCAGCUGAUUUACACAAUUCGACAACUUCUAAUUCGGCUGCUUCUUCAAAUGAUUUGCAUUUAUUUUUUAAUUCACUUGAAUUGGAUGCUGGAAAUGGGGCUGUUAAGUUUUCAAAUUUUGGUGCCAUUGGUGAUCCUCACCCAGCUCCAGACAAUCAAAAACGUCAAGAACAACAACAACCUCACAAUUUAUUUCGUUCUGUUUCCAACGAACUUCGAGGUCAACAACAGCAACAAUUUGACCAAUUUGGUUCAACAUUUUCGAAUGGGGAAAGUGCUUUCUCUCCGUGGACUACAACAACAAUUGGGGCAGUUACUGAGCUUACAACAAAUGGAAUAAUGAAAGAAAAUGUGACGACAAAUGGAGGAGUUGAUAUUUUUGAACUUUUUUCUUCAACAAGUUCUUCAUCUCCUUUGGCAUUUUCCUUCUCAAAUGGGACAAAAUGUUAUUAA